AUGCCUAUCCAACUGUUUGGAUCUGAUCAAAUAAUAAUACAUUAUGAAAAUACCGAUGCUACGAAUGACAAUGUAUCACAUAACAAUUCAGAUUCAACAAAUAUAACAAUUAAGGAAAAAUUAACAUAUAAAUUUUAUUAUUACUUGUCAAAAUUCAAACAUAGAUUGGAUACCAUACAUUUCAAUGUACCUGUGAUUUAUGGUGCCUCAAUUGUCCAUUGGCUAAUAUUAACCAUAUGGGGAUCGUUGCUAGUAAGCAGUUUUUUAUUUUGGUAUAAAAAUGUUUAUAAUAAAUCAGCGCUACUUGCCAAUAUGCUAACAAACUUUCUUUUAUUUGGAAUAUCAGAUGCUCUAGCCCAAAUAAUAUAUUCAAGGACAUUAUACAUUUCUGCAAGUCGUUUUGCCAAUGGGGAUAAUUAUAACCGCCCAGCAUCUGACUAUAGCACUCAUAAUGAUAUGGAUGAUUUACACUUAGAACCAUUGCGUACUGUGGAGAGCAUUAGGCCAGUCAUAUCAGAAAAUGUCAAUGAUAAUAAUAGUUGUUACCGCAGUCAAUUUGAUUUUCAUCGCUGGGUUUGUUUUACAUUUUGGGGCUGGUUUCUUUCUUUUUUUCAAUGUCCAUGGUAUAAAUUUUUAAAUUUUUUAUAUACAGAUGAUCCAUCUGUUGUUCAAGUUUUUGAAAGAGUUUUAUCAGACCAAUUGGUUUAUUCUCCUGUUUCUUUAUACUCUUUUUUUUGUUAUUCAAAUUAUAUCAUGGAACAUGGAAAUGAUGACACUUUUAAAGAGAAAAUCAAAGACAUUUAUGUAUCAACAUUGGGGGCAAAUUAUGCUGUCUGGCCGGCUGUUCAGUUAAUCAAUUUUUCAUUUAUUCCAAGGCAAUUUCAGAUAGUGUUUAGUUCAUCUGUAGGCGUUUUAUGGAAUUGUUUUUUAAGCAUGAGAAACGCGUCACAAGCAAGAAAGAUUUAA